CUGCUACUGGAAUAGGCUUUAGAUCAUUUUGAAGAGCUUGUUAUAUAAAGUAGGUAGCGGCGGUUAAUUCAAAACCAAUCCUAUCUACUUCAACACGGAAAUACACGAAAAAAGUCGAAGCUUUGAUGCAUAAUGGAUGACAAACUGGCGUUUAAAGUGACUGACGCGACUGUGCAUAUACUACGGGCAUCGGAGCUCAUGCAGAAUGGGCCGGUGAAGCAGGUUCACAGCAUCGAGGAUGUGAACCGCUGGGUGCGGUCGCAAGCCUACCACGACACCGUGGCCUACAUCAGCAACACCAGCAGGGCCAUCCAGGGCCACCGGAUGACCAGCGACUUUCCCGUGUCCGAGCAGAUGCGUCAACUGUGCGAGAUCUUCGACGGGCUGGAGCACCUCCUGACCGAGCACACGCCCAGGAUCGAGGACACGAGCACAUCGGUGCCGGCGGCUCAGAUUAAGGGUAACUUCUAUGGCUUUUGGUUGCGGGACAUGUACCAGCAUGUCUUCAGGAAACUGGGCGAGGUCAUUCCGGCCAUUCAUUGUAGGCACAUCAACGAACUGGGCCAGUACUUGAGGCGUUCCUUUGGAAAUGCAAAAAGCCUGGAUUUUGGUCCCGCCAACGAGCUCAUGUUCCUGUUCUUCCUCUGCGGCCUUUUCCGGGCUGGCAUCCUGCUGGCCAAGGACACUUUGGCCGCCGCCCUGAUGCUCUUCGAUCGCUAUGUCCAUCUGGUGCGCCGAAUGGUCGCAAUCUAUGCCCUGCAGACAGCCAAGGAUCCGGUAUGCAGCAUCGACGACUUCAUCUUUAUGCCCUAUCUGUGGGGAGCUGCGCAGCUUUCGCUGGAGGCACCCUUUUCGCCGCUGCAGUGCGAGCAGGCCAAGGUGCUGGAGAGCCAGAGGCAGGACUACAUGAUAGUGGAACUGGUUGACUUCCUUUUGAGGACGGGUGGCGGCGGUCAGCUGAGUCAAGUGGCCUUCCAGCUGUGGAGCAUCCUUUCGAUACCCACCUGGGCACAGGUGUAUAUGGGAUUCGAGCGCAACGUCGUCGAUAACUUGCUCUGCUCCUUCCACACCGUGCAACAUGCCAUCUUCGGCGAACUGAUGUCCUUUGAAUCCGCAGUGUCGCCCAUCCAGUUGGAGCGCGCCCGCUUGGGCUCUCUGUAUAUAGUUCAGCAUGGGGACAACAGCGGUGGGCUGCAGGAAGGACAGCCACCGGCAAACAUCUUGGAGGACAAUGAUGUGCCCGGGCCCGUCAGCAGAUACAUCAGCCCGUACACGGAGUCCUUUCUCGGCUUUCAGGAGCCCAGAGCUGAGGAUCAGUCGGACGACGACAGCAAUGAUAAUCGCCUAUGGAUGCUGCGACAGAUCGUGGAGAAUAACGAUCCCAACACUGCCCAGUUCCAUCCAAGCUCACAAAUGCCAAAUGAGUCUUCUACAUCGUUUGCGAAUAAAGGUCUCUAAAAAGUAGGUCCAAUAAUAUAAAACUUGUCUUGUAAGGAUAUGAUAACGGAAUGGCAUUUCAAAAUGAUAUAUCAAUAUAAUCAUUAUUAAAAUUAAAAAAAAAAUUAUUGCCAGCAUGCAGGCGCAAUAUA